UGAUAAUUAACCAAGCGCCUUGGAGUCGUCGGAGAAAAGAGGUAACGACGAUCUUAUUAUUUAAAGCACUAUUGCAUCCCCCGUCUAUGACUUUGCACCGCUGUCAUCGCUCUCAAUCUAUCUUUCCAUUCUAUUAAACAUCCCUAAGCUGGAUUCUCUUCCUCCCAACUGGUGUGGCACCCAUCCCCGAUCUCCCAUCAUUAUGGCUUCCAUUGAAACUCCCAACACCAAGGAAACUGUUCUUGAUGCAGUCGCCGAGGUCGUAGGGGGAGAUGCUCUUGCAACCAUUUCCCCAACCAGCAAGGUUGAGAAGCCGACCGCUGAGAAAGUCCAUGCUGCUUUCGCUCCUGUCUGCGUCACUCAGCAGCCUAUCCCUACCAACCUCAACAGGGGCGACGUCUCUCAGCUCUUCGUCGGCCUCGAGAAAGAAAUUCCUCGUUGGGUGCCUGGCUCAGUCAUCAAGUAUGCUGCUUGGAAGGCCGGCUUUGAAUCCUCAAAGGAUGCCGAACAUGCUGCGAAGCAUCUCAAGCUUGCCGCAGACGAGUGGAACAAGGCUGAUGUCGGUGUCACGUUCGAGUGGGUUGAAGAUCCCAAGGACGCGACGUUCAUUCUUGCCCAUGGCCCUCGCAACCCAGGCGUCUUAGCCUCAGCUUUCUUCCCCAAUCAGAAAGACCUCAACAUAAUGUUCGUUUAUGCGGACGCGUUCGCAACCAACGCGUGGAAGAACAGUAUGUGGAAGGUCUUUAUGCAUGAGCUUGGACAUGUCCUCGGCCUUCGCCACGAGUUUGCUCUUGAUGAGGACAAGAAUCUGCCGGAAGGACAGCGAGCAAAGCUUAUCGGUGUCCUAAACCAGGAUUCUGUGAUGAACUACAAACCUACUGCCCCAGAGCUUCAGAAGUCGGAUAUCAUCUCGACCAGACUUUUCUACGGUCUUCGUGCAGACAGCGAGGGUAACCCUCCUAACAUCAACAUGACUGAUGUGGUUGAUUACACGCCUAUGUAAAGGCUUAGGAGUGUUGUGGAGAUUCGGAGGACUGCUUGGUGACUGGGUCUAAAUUAUAUGAGUUUGUAGAAUACUACAUGAUAUCAUGUCUGCAAGCAACGGACUCCUUGCAAACCAGCUUAUUGCCAGCUUUUGUCAGGAGAUUGAACUGAUCUCUUUGUCCGAAAUAUACAUAUUACUUGAA